UAGCGGACGUAACGACUAAAAACAGUCGAUUAAAUUGAAAAUUCAGCCACAUUUUAAAGUAAAAUGGCGAUUUAAUUUACGAAAUUGAUAUACCAGUUUAUAAAGUCAUCUAAAUUAGACUUUUAUCUCCAUCAACGGCUCAGUGAAGCGAACUAACCCCGGGAGAGGACGAAGGAGGCGGGUACGGUAGCCGAGGGGAAGCCACCAGCUGCUCUGCCAUUGGUGUUUACCGUCUACACAUUAUGGUUUAAAUGUCUGGCGGUGAUAUCAAACCUCAGAGACCUGCCUUUGUUGGAUUUCAGUUCAAGAUGGUGACCAAGAGGAUCCGCUCCGAGUACAUGAAGAAGUUCAAAGAUCCCAAAUGGGAGACAUACACUAAGUGUUAUGAGGAGAUGCUGAAGUACAGGCUGACCCGCAGGCUGCUGGAGCACACACACAACCCCUGGUUCUGGAAUGGCACCGACAGUGAUUCAGACUCUGGAGGACGGAGCCCCACUCCUCCCAGUAAGAACCAGGUACGGGCUGAGACCAGCAGAGACAGGGCGGAGGCUGAGGUAGAGGAGUGUGAGGGGGCGAGGAUGGAGAGACAGCAGGAGCAGCAGCAGAGCAGAGCCACGGGGUCUGUACCCAGGCUGCCCCUUCAAGAGGAGGAGGAGGAGAAUGUGUCUGCAGUCCAUGGCUCACAACUUAAUGGUGCUCAAGAUACAGGAGUGCCAGAGGUGGAGAGAGAAGAGCAGGAUCACAGGGAACAGGACAAAGAGAGAGACACUGGAGUACCCCGAUCACAGCAGAGUAAACCCCCCAAAGCCUCAAAGCAAACAUGGCGCUCCCAGCGGGUCAGGCCUGCACCAACACGGCAGCCCAGAGACGACAGUAAGGAGAGCAGACAUCCUUUUGCUCUGUACGGUUCAGGAGAGAAGGAUGCAGACAUGGCAAGCAGGAAGACGCACAACGUCGGCCCUGUAGCUUCAACCACUGAGAUCCAUGAGUCGGCUCUUCGGGCCAAGACCAGGCGGGAGGUGGAGCGUCAGAUCCAGGCUCAGAGAACCGAGCGCCGGAGGGCCAAGUCUGCUGAUGUGGAAAAGUCCAGAAAGUUGGUUCAACCAGAAUUCAACCCCUGGCUCACUGAGUACAUGCGCUGCUUCUCUGCUCGCUCUCGAUAGGACACACACGCACAUACACACACUCAGCAGAAAUAUUUACAUCAGGGUAAUUCCAGACAAAAAGACAGAAAUAAAGCCAUUACUGCCUCCCACCCCUGAAGUUUAAAUACCCACAGAUGUAGACUAGAGCACAGGGUGGAUUGAUUCAUACAAAGGCUCCAAAAUGUGUAUCACUCUCUCCUUCAGGACGUAAACUGACAAAACUUUGAAAUUCACUGUGUGGCUUAUUCCCCCAGAUGUGUACUAUCAUGUGUUUUAUAUAAAUCAGUUUUAAUACAGUAUACAAUAAGAAGCAUUUUACAGGGUUUAAGAGACUCAUGAACGAAGUGAUUUGAAAGUAAUUGUAUAAUUAACAGAUUAAUCUACCAUAUACAGAUAUUUUGGUUAGAAUGAAGAGUCUAAAAUACAGCCAUACUUUGAUGCACUCCCUUUAAACACAGGGUAUAUAAAAUGUCUCCACGUUUUUUAUACAGGGAUUUUAAACCAGUGGACUCACACAGGAGUAUUGAAGGCACAUGGCAGCAUGUGUGAGUCGAUUCAGCCACAUUCCUAAAAACACUUCUGAGAUCAAACAUGAAGAAUGUACAUACCUCUGUUGUAUACACAUAUAUACAAAACCAAACACACAGUUGUUUGUAUUCCAAAAAGUUGUGCUAAGCGCAGCAAGAUGGCCUAAUCAGCUGAGAGUUUUCCUCAUACGUUUGCAGCUUUCGAUGUGGAUAAGCAUUUUCUUAUUUGUGCUGAGUACAAAGUAUCGAUUGACUUACAGAAAUAUGUCUAGGAGUUUUACAGCUUUUGGUUUUCAGAUCACUCAGUGCUCUGGACUAGUUCUUGUAGAUUUACUGGUGUGUGUAACUGUUUAUGGAUUGAUCCGAGCUGACUGGGUUUAGAUUAAUAGUGAAUCACACACUCUCACAUUUUUGCAUGAGCUUUUUAUGUGUGUGUGACUGCAGGGCUUGGAUGAAUGGUCAGACACCGACUGGCAGGUUUAUUUUAUUUCACCAUCAAAGUACUUGCCUUUAUGCCUCUCUGCACACAGCAGGCCUCCACUCCUUGUUAUCUUCCUACCUGGCACCUACCUCUGCCAGCUCAGGUCAGCAGUUUGUCAGACCCAGCUUCAUGGUGGUAUUUAAAGGGAAAUUUUAUAACUUAUUUUCAGCCAGUUCUGUGUCAUUGUGGAGUGUGCAUUGUGUGCAAAUGAAUGUUCGGCUUCCCUUGGAAGCACCGUUUAUUUACACAAACUGCAUACACUGCGGUUUUCCUUUAAGUUUCCCUUUGAGCACAUUAUUGCAGCCUGCUUGGAAGAUCAACAAUUUGCAACCCACUCAAGGACACCUCGUGAUGAUCCCCUUAACAACAACUCAAAGGGGGGACACCCUGUGGAGGCCUUGUGCACUAACUGUUGACUCUCUAUGUUCUGUGUCGUCUUCUGUUGCUCUGCACCUUCCUCUGCCAUCUCCUAUAUCUGUAGUGUGUCGGACUCAGCUUCACUGUGGUUAUUUAAGCACAUUAUUGCUGUGUUAUUGCGGCCUGCCUGGCAGAUCAACAGUCAGACCAAAUACUUAGAGGUGCGUCACCCCUCCCGUGAGCCACUGUGCCCGCUCUCCACCUGCAGCUAAUGCUCAACCACACCCACGCUAAACAGUGUUUUUAACUUGAAAUUGUUUCAUAGCGACAUUUGUGUUUGUUCUUUAGUUAAUGUGUGUGUAAAGUAAUCAGUCGACCAGGUGCUAUCGCAGUGUGAGAAUGAUGUGUGUGGCUUUAAAGCCAUUGGAUGACUGUGAACAGUAUGUGGACACUGCAGUGUUUCUGUUACAUACUCACUGGUCGUGGGACUCUUUCCAACAGAGAAAUUGAAUAGCAAAAAAGACAUAAAGCUAAUUUAGGUUAUUUUCAAAGCGUAACAAUCAAAUGUUGAGGCCAACUUCUGUUAUCAUUGCUGUUACUAAAUAUGCUUUAUAACCAAAAGGGGAACCACAACAACAAUGGACAUUAAGCUGAUGGCUAAAUUACCUUUAGUGAGAAAUACCUGAGUACAUAUUGCUGACUUACUGCUUACUGGUUAAGGCAGCAUGCACUCUGAAGCAGGACCAAAUGAAACAGCACUUUGACAGUUAGUCACCUUUCUGAAAUAAUAUGUAUACAAAACAUCUUGCUACCUAUUUAGAUUUUCAUGUGUUUUGUUCAUCUUUUGAAUCUCUCCAUAUUUGUUUCUAUGUGUGUAUAUUUUUGACACCAAACAAUGUUAUUUGUACUUACACAAGAAGUCAAAAAUUGGACUUUGAAUCUGGUCUUUUUUAUCAUCAAGAAAGAAGAAAUCAGAUCCUAGUUAUCACGAUAAAAUCAGCUCUGUGCCAUAAAGACUUGAGAAAUGUUUUUCUCCUCUGCACAACUAAAGUUACUGAUGUGAAUAUUGUACAGAAAAAGGAGAGCUGUGCUUUAGACAUUUAAGUUUCUCUAGAUCUUAUGUUGUUGCAACUCUGAGUUCAGUAUUACGUUACUUGCUAUUGAUUUAGUUCUUCAGUGUUUUAAGUUAAACUGUAAUAUAGUUCUAACGAUGUGAGAUUUUGUGCAAUAUUUAAAUAUUUGCAUUUGAGCCAGUUUGUUUUUUAGAUGUGGUAAACUUUGACAGUCUCAGAAAGCAGGAGUGGAACAAGAUAGUUAUAAUUCCUUUAUAGUUAAAACUUUAUAGUUAAGAUUCUCUUAAUACUGUACUUACAGUCAGAUUUUCUAGGUGUAAUAGGUCAUGUAUAGAAGAAAGCCAUCAAGCCUAAAUAUCCCUUUACACCAGGACAGUGUCAUCCCACAUGAUUAUCCCACUCAAAAACUGAAUCAUGCAUAAUGAAGAGUGGAUAGGUUAUAAUCAGUGGGCACCAGAAGUACUUAAGUUCCAGCUGCUGACAAACUUAAGUGUAGAGUCUGGUUUUAGUGAAAAAGAUUCUGCUGUUCCUCAUGAUAUCAAAUACAAUUUAAGUUAUCUCAUUUCAUAAUGACAUAAGGGAUGUAACAAUAACUAAAUACUGUAAAACUUAGUGAUACAUUUUCAUGUUUACAUUUUAGGCUUUUAAUAUACAGUGCACAUAUUUUAUAUGGUUUAGAGGAAGACUGUUUAGGUUAAAUGGUGUUUGUGCAAAGCUUUUAAUAAAUCAC